CAAACAACUCUUUUGUCGCUAUCUACACUCUCAAAAAUGGCCGACCAACCUACUAUUCGCCUUGCGACAGCAGAGGACGUCCCCCUCAUCCUCCAAUUCAUUCGCGAACUCGCCGACUACGAAAAAGCCCUGCACGAAGUCGAAGCCACCGAAGCCUCCCUCCUCGCAACCCUCUCCUUCCCCAAUGACACCCCCAAGCGCGGCUCCGUCUACACAGCCCUUAUCACCCCGCCACCAACAGCCACCAACCCUGCCCCAAUCCCCGUUGGCAUGGCCCUCUACUUCUACAACUACUCUACCUGGCGCUCUGCCCCUGGCAUUUACCUCGAGGAUCUUUAUGUCCAGCCCGCCGCGAGGGGAAAUGGGUAUGGUUUUAAGUUGUUGAAGUACCUUGCGAAGCAGGUGUUGGAGAUCAAGGGACGGCGGUUGGAGUGGAGUGUGCUUACGUGGAAUACGCCAAGUAUUGAGUUUUAUAAGCAGGUUGGGGCUAAGGCUAUGGAUGAGUGGUUGAAGAUGAUGGUUGAGGGGGAGGAAGCGUUGCUGAAGUUGGCGGAGGGGGUGUAGAUUGUCAUGGAGAUGUAUAUGAUUCACGGGUCAUUAUGCGAAUUUAGGUUUGGAUAAAAGCAUUGAAUGUUCAAAGAAGCGCUUUUAGGUUCGAUUAAGCUCAUGAAUAAAAGGC